AUGAAACGAAAGGCUGUCAAUACCGAAAAAAAGAAUGAAAGGGUUGCAGAACAAGAGGCAUUAAAAUAUCUUGGUUAUGAUGCUUCUUCGGAUAAUUGGCAUGAUCUUGACAAUACUUGGGCCAAGAAUUUUUUAAAAGCGAAAAAGAUAAUAGAUCAAAAAGCUUAUGUAGCUUUAAAAGAAAAGGUGCGUUUUUUAUUUGACAAAGGACAUACUGAAAGGGGUGAUCAAGGAAUGCGAAAAAGAGAAUUCACUG